UGUGGUAUGGUCUCGCGAUAUUCAUCUUCCGUUAGCGUCUAUGAAAAUGUAAUUGGAUCAUUUGGUUUUCAUAUAAUUAUUUAUACUUCUAUUCUUGUCAAUUAUUUAUGAGACUUUAUUCUAAGAAUUGUACAUAUAGAGUCUUUUUCCCCCAUGAGUAAACGCGGGGUGGGGGAGCAACCUCAAACAAAUUGCUUCUGGUGCUGUGACCCGGAAUUAGUUAGCUUGUUAUGAAAUGUUAGCUUUGGUAUUCAUGCCGGGGAUAAUUUAGAACGACAAAAUUGAAACAUGUCAGCUCAAGCUAUCACCGUGACAGUCGCUUACGGUUCUACGAAGCACACCAUCGCGGUCACCAGUCAAGAGGAUGGCAAGAGUCCCACCGUCAAAGACUUGUCAGAAAGUCUCACUCAGGUCACCGGAGUCCCUUCGGCCUCGCAAAAACUCAUCUUCAAGGGGAAGUCGCUGAAGGACAUGGAGCAGACGCUGACCAGUUACGGGAUAAAAGACGGAUCCAAGCUCAUGAUGAUUGGAAAGAGGAACAGUCCCGAGGAGGAAGCCGAGCUGAAAAAGCUGAAAGAUAUUGAAAAAUCAGUGGAGCAGACAGCUAAAAAGCUGGAGAAGGUUGACGGGGAGUUGACUGGACUCAAGAAUGGUUUCCUGGCCAAAGAUCUGCAGGCUGACGCGCUGGGAAAACUGGACCACAGAGUGAAAGUGGCAGCUGAGCAGUUUAUGAAGAUCCUGGAGCAGAUCGAUGCGCUGAGCAUCCCGGAGAACUUCAACGACUGUCGGAUGAAGAAAAGGGGUCUCGUGAAGACGGUCCAGGACUUCCUGGCCCAGUGUGACAAGAUGGAGGCUUGCAUAUCAGACCACCUGACAAAGAUCCAGUCUAAAAAUCUGGCACUGGCCGAUUGAAGGCAUCUUAAUAUUCGUUAUUGCUCUGUGAGCAAAAAACUGUCCCGUGUAGAGAGAACACACAUUCGUCGUCUGUAUUUAUUGUGAGCGUACUCAGUCCUUUAGCCCUCAUUGCUUGUAGAUCACGUCAGCACGACUUCACCGUGGCACCAUCCCAGAUUUAACGUUUACGUCAUAUUGCCAUAACAGCGACGCUCAACGGACACUUGAGCCUGUUUAAUUAAAACGUGGAAGCACUCUGAAGGGGUGGCGAACUUAUUUUUACACGAUGACGGUCGAAAUGUUAAAACAUGACCUGUAACUUUAAUGACAAAUUUUUAAAGUGGCCGUAUUUUCAGACUGCUACAAAAACAAAGAAAUUCAGUUUUCCUUUAUAUUAACUUCAUACAAAGGUUGGCCUAUUUUUACACUUGCAUGACAUAAAAAUCGACUGUCAAUCGAAUACAAUUUUUGCCCGCGAGGAAUUGUUACCACCACCCCUCGCUUUGUAAUUGCUUAGAGAUGCCACAAGAUGGUGACAAAGCACUACUUCGGUCGAAAUGAAGCAUCUUGUCAUUCCAACAUAGUUGAAGAUGGCAGCAAAGAAAUUUUUUUUUUUACUGCAUUGUCUUGACACAAAAAGCAAAACCCUGACCUGUGAAUAUCAGAAUCAGAUUUAACGGCAAAGGAAUUUGUCUCCGGCAGUUGAAAGCGACGAAUGAAUUCAGCACACUUAUUUUCCGAUGGUUAACUUAUUU